AGAACUAUUAGGAAGCGUGAUUGGCCAGGAGCCCUCGGAGGGCCUUAUGGGACCCGGUUACGGAGGCCGGGAGGGUUGAACGUGGGUUCUACCUAGAGGAAGUUGGCCGCCGAAAGCGGGAUAGUGGUGAGAGUAGGUUGUCUCAGGAGGCCCAAUGGCGACUGUGGAAGCAAGCGGCUGCGAUGGCAAAGGGCAAGGAGUUGAGACCUCCGUCACUUAUUAUCGUCUGGAGGAGGUGGCGAAGCGCAAUUCCCCGAAGGAGAUUUGGCUGGUGAUCCACGGGCGAGUCUACGAUAUCACUCGCUUCCUUAACGAGCAUCCUGGCGGAGAAGAGGUCUUGAUGGAACAAGCUGGUGCUGAUGCCAGUGAAAGCUUUGAAGAUGUAGGCCACUCCUCCGAUGCCAGAGAAAUGCUGAAGCAGUACUAUAUCGGCGAUGUGCAUCCGAAUGACCUUAAACCGGAAAGUGGUAGCAAGGACCCUUCGAAAGAUAACACGUGCAAAAGUUGCUGGUCAUUCUGGAUUUUCCCCAUCAUAGGCGCCAUUCUGUUAGGUUUCCUGUAUCGUUACUACACAUCGGAAAGCAGAGCUUCCUGAGGAGACCUUGGUGAAGUCUGGAAAGCAAAUCCACUGGGAGUGAAAACUAGAGACUUGUGUGGGGGCUGUGGUGGUGGCCUCUCCUCGAAUCCUGCCGGUUGUAUUCUUCCCCCUUGCAGCCCAGACCAUCGGCCAGACCUCCUGCUGAGACCUGGGGCCAGUCGUCUUCAUUUCUCAGAGCCUUACUCCCAAAGCACCUGCUGACUGUUGUGUCCUCGCCACAUUUCCUCUCUUCACCUGUUUCCACAAGCACUUUUACAUUUCAGAACUGCCUUUUUAUAAUUAACAAUCCAUAUGUCCUGGUGACAUUACCCUUUGGUAAGGAUGCCUGCUUUCCAAUCCUUUGAAUGCCCAUUAGAUGUUCUUAAAAGGCUUAAGCACACUCUGAUUGUGAAGCUUUUCUUUGUCCAUUUGUCUUUUCAGGAAGUAUAUUUUUAACUCUUGGCUUAAUUCUAUUACUUACCAUAAGGGGUUUAUUAAUUCAUGAAGUAAAGUGGCACACCUGUGACUUAAACAGCAGCUGCCGAAUGAUCUUAUUCCUUGUUUGUAUUUGUGAAAACUAGGAGCUGGGUCAUCACCUGCCUCCCCGCCCAGCUGGUGCGGCAGUUAACUCUCGGCACCCCCGCAGUCUGCCGAGGGGUUCUGGGCAUUCGGUGCUUCCCUUUAAUUUCUUGGGAGUAGAGAGAAAUGGGGAAAGGGACACGUGAAUUGGAGUGACAGGGCGAACUUAUAGUAAUCUUGGUUUUGAAAAAUACUCCUGUAGGACAGAAAUCUAGAAAAAGCACCAAAGAUUUCAUUCUUUGGCUUGGCACUAGUUUCUAGCCAUCUUUUUUCUUUCUUUUUUUUUUUUUUUUUCCCCAUCAUUUAUUGGUAAAAUAAAUUUAUAAUUAUGUCUUUGGAGGUUUGCCAGGGCUUUUUGCUGCUUUUUAAUUUAUUGAUAGUGUUUUUGUUCCCCAUUCUAUAAAAAUAAGAGACUCCAAAUUGAUCAAAGAUAAAGUUUUUGAUGUUUGGUUUGCCCCAGUAAAAUAACUUACAUUGUAAAGUGUCAUUUGAAAGGGGGAGAUCUUGGCAAGGGAAUGUUUUCCAUCUCAUCUGUAUUUUACCUCCAUGGCUCCCAAUUUGUGGUUUUGUUGUUUUUCCAUUGAGAAUAAAAAAAGCUGGUAGUUUUUUCUCCUUGGACGAGUGUUUCAUUGAGGCAGAUUAUUAUUGAGAAUUAUGCUACUGUUUCUUCUUGGUCCAAGAAUUUUUCUGGCAUAUUUGACUUCACUUUUUUCCCCGUGGAGGCACCUGAGGAGACAGUACACUGGCUGUUUCCUGCCGGCCGCUGUUUGUGGUGAUUUUUCUCCCCAUCCUCUGAGGAUUACCAGCCCACCUCUGAGCCGCUGUCCUGUGCAGCACGGGGCUGCUUGGUUGUGGAGAAGGACCAGAGGCACCACUCAGUGUCUCUGCCCCCUUCCAGGUUGCCAGGGGCUUGGCAGGGCGGAAACCACCUAGCAACCAGCAUCUGCCCUUGCAAACCGAGAAAGAGUGCAAGCCGAGGUCUUAACAUCUGUGAUUUAGCAGUGGAGUGAGUUCAGAAUUUAUCAAAAUAACAGUAGCCUUGUAUUUGUACACUUGCAUAUGACACUAUGGAAUUAUUUGGGGGGGAUUUCUGGCUGACUUUUUAUAUAUCUGGGCUAUGGGUAUAGUCAAGCUUUUAUCUUUAGAAAAUGUUUUGUAUGUGUUGUAAGGUGUCACUUUGAGACGGUUUAUUGGGGAAAAGGAUGCUCCUCCCAUUCAAAGACACAAGAAAGGAUUGCCUUGAUGAGAAUUGGUAUAUAAUUGCUAUAGUGAUUAAGUUGCAUGAUUACAUGGGGCCACAUUGGGGUAGAAGUAAAGACAGAGGAGUAUUGAGGAGCUGGAAAGGGAGCAUUCAAGCUAAAAGUAAGCCAGAAGAGAACUUGGAUCAAUUAAAAGUGUGUUGGCAGUCUCCAAAAUUGAAUGAAAACCAUCUGGCUUAUGAGAAACAUUAAAGAACAAUAGUCUUAAGGAAAAUCGAUGUUUUGGUAUUUUUUAGGGUAAACAGCAAUGAAAAAAGUGUGUUUUUCUAUUUCAUAUUGGUCUUCUGUUUAUAUCUGGACUUGUUUUCACUCAGAGCCAGAGGAAAAGAUUUUCAGACUUUGUCUCUACCAUCCAUGAAAUCGCUCCAGUACCCAGGGCGUCUUUUGAUCUACUGUUAAUGUGAUGCCACUUCGUAUUAUAAAAACCACUUGUAGGUCUAUUUACUAUUACUCUGCUGCCUACAUAAACAGCCAGGUGAAAGGCAGAGCUUGUGUGAGAGCUUGCAGCAGUUUUUCUAAACAGUAAAGUAAUCUAGCAUGGUAACCAGAUCCAUCAGAAAGGACUUUGGUUUGAGGAGGUAGAGACUCAAGUUCUUGGAACAGUCCUGACAUUGGUAGGUCAUAAAAGUCCCUCUGAGAGCAAGUGGAACCAGUCGCUGCUGGCUCACUGUGCCUGCUGGAGCUGGUCUCUGGGGUGCUCAGUAGUUUAUCCCCGGGGAAGGCUAGCUGCUGUUGGGCCCUGUACCGUACACAUACCGGCUGGAGAUCGCAGGAGGAGGAGAGGAGGGAACAUUAAUGCUACUCAAGUAGGGAUGUUCGUGCCGAGUCUCCUAGCCCAUGUCUCUUAGGAACUGGUUUUGGUUUCCACAUGGCUUCUACAUUUGUAAAGACAGGAAAGUUCCAGGAGGACAACAAAGUUUAUACUGUGUUUAGUUCUUACGCAACCGCUUAGGCAGAAACAAAAUAAUUGGAACCUAUAAUUUGAGCCUCUAAAAUUCUUUUAGCAAUUGUCACAAGUGCUUAUGUUGUGAAAUUAAGAGCAUUGUUGCAUUUAUAGUUAAUUCUGAUAAGGAGCAAUGAAAAAAGCUCUACAGACCAUUACUUACACAUGUCAGUAGUUAUGGUAUCUCAUGGUUAAAAUCUCAAGUGAUGUCUAUCUGGCUACAUUCCAUUUUAGGAGAUUGAAAAGCAGAACAUGAAUGUUCCUUAUGUCCUUCCCCAGGAGAAAUGGAUUCAGACAUGUCUUGUUUCAACAAGUGAUUGAUUUUCUUUUUGAAACAUCUUCUGUUGCUAAAUAUCACAAGAGUAGUGGGGAGUGGAGCCCAUUUGGCUCUUGUGCUCUAGAAGAGUCCGGUUUGGAGUUUGUGGGGUGAUCUCACAAAUCCACGGCAGGUUCCAGGGAGAGAGACGUAUUUGUCAGGUUACCUCCUCAUUAUCUAGCAUCUUACUCAGUGAGUUUUAGGAGUUGCGCUUUGCCUGCACUUAUAUUCUACAUUUGCCACUUGGGCAAAAUAUUACUGUGGUUUUUAACUUCUUUUACUUCACCCUCAACUAUGAACAAGGAAUAUUAUUAACAUUCCUUUUGUGUAUUCAGUAAUGGAGUUUGUUUACCUAUUUUAUUUCAGCAUAUUUUGAACAAAGAUCUUUGUCUCUUUCUGCUGGAAUGUGCACACAGUGAAUGUUUGUUAGAACCACACACAAUAAAGAUACUGUUUUCCUUUUCUC